AGUGGGAUGGCUUUUCCUAUUCAUGAAGCCUGCGUAUUUCUAUUGCUAAUUCCUAGUGUGGUCACACCAGCUGCCUUCAACCAUGAAGACUACCCUGCCGAUGAAGGGGAACAGACACCAAACAAUGAAAACAAUUUGAUCUUUGAUGACUAUCGAGGGAAAGGUUGUGUGGAUGACAGUGGUUUUGUAUACAAACUGGGGGAACGUUUUUUCCCAGGACAUUCCAACUGCCCGUGUGUCUGUACUGAGGACGGGCCUGUUUGUGACCAACCAGAAUGCCCCAAAAUCCACCCAAAGUGUACUAAAGUAGAACACAAUGGAUGCUGUCCAGAAUGCAAAGAAGUGAAGAAUUUUUGUGAAUAUCAAGGGAAAAGUUACAAAAUUUUGGAAGAAUUCAAGCCCUCUCCAUGCGAAUGGUGUCGCUGUGAGCCCAGCAAUGAAGUUCACUGUGUUGUAGCAGACUGUGCCGUUCCCGAAUGUGUCAACCCAGUCUAUGAACCAGAACAGUGUUGUCCAGUCUGCAAAAAUGGUCCAAACUGCUUUGCAGGAACCACCAUCAUUCCGGCUGGCAUCGAAGUGAAAGUGGAUGAGUGUCACAUCUGUCAUUGUCACAACGGGGACUGGUGGAAGCCCGCUCAGUGUUCCAAACGAGAAUGUCAAGGCAAGCCGACAGCAUAG